AUGGAGUCAUACCCGCUCGAAUAUGUCCUCCAUCACAUGCCGCUCAUGGCCGUGCUGGGUCUACUGGAAGAUCAUCCAGCUUCCGACACUCAGACACCACAGGACCCAAGGACAGGCGGUAACCUGAAGAACUCGCUGCUAUCGACCCUUAUGGCGAGAAAUAACACCAGCAUCUGGGAUGCUGCGGCAAAGAAGGAUGCAGCCUUCUUCCAUGUUACUGUUUUAGACAAGACACAUGUCUUCCCACCACGCAAGCCUGUCCGCCCGCCAGUUCCCCAGCAGCAUUCUCCUUUAUCACCCCUCACGCCCGACUCGCUGCUCUAUCCAGAAGGGAUAAUGCACCCAAGUUGGGUGCAACGACAUAAGGAGACUCGCCCAUCCGUUGUUGUCGCGUUUUAUGAGCUCUGGGAACGGCAGGGAGCGAUCGACUCACAGGAUCCGUUGGGAGCCCAGCAAGCACUGAGUCUCGAGAGGGAGAAGGAUCUGUUGCUUUGUUCGGAGAUCACGGAGAAGAAACGGAACGCAGGAGAGAGAGGGAUCCGCUUUGCCGUGACGAUUAUUCUCAACACCAGUGCACUUGAUGACUCGCAUGUGGAGGAUCGUUUGUCCUUCAUACGGCGGACAUGCAGUCUAGACCAGCGCUCGUCUUUCUUCUCAAGCUUUUCGCGUAGCCAUCAUAUUGUCUUACAGGCAUUUACUGAAGGGAGCAGUUUGCAAAAGGCUUUGACGGACCAGGCUGCGAGCUAUUACCGAGAUCACGACAAGAGAGUGCGGAAGAAAAAGGCAAAACUGCCUCCCAUUUCGGCAAACCGGUCGAACUUUGCGUCUAGCAGCACUGGAUCGCUGAGCCCGGUGGCUCAAGGGUCGCAGUCGAAACCGCUGCCACCUGCGGGAUGGCACUUGCGAUAUGAGUUCAAGUUAGGGGUAUUUGCCGAGUUCCGCCAAGAUGUCGAGAAUGCGUUGAAGCACUAUGACACAACAUACCAGCUACUGAUAGAGCUUAUGAAUGCAAGUGUGGCAUCAGGUGGGCUCGUGUUUGGGAACGAGUUCCUGCAACCUCAUAGUGCACGCUGGACGGAAGCUAGGACGUUGCUCGACUGUCUGAGUCUGAAGAUGUGCAAGCUGCAGCUAUAUUCGAACAGACCUAUCCCGGCUUGGAAGCAGAUGGAGCGGCAUAUUGGAAAUUGCAGAAGCUUUCCGGAGUUCAUUGGCCCACCGACACUCGGUACACGGCCCAUAUCACCGAGCACUGCACGACUGAGGGCAAUGGUGGCAGGUGGCUCACUGGAGUUUUGGACCUGGGCUGCCAUUCAAUAUCGAAUCUUUGGAGAGCUUAUUGAGCUUGCAACUGGCAAAUCCGGACUUCGACUACCAUUUCCCCCCUCUGGAGCACUCACAGUCAACGCCGCGGACUCUGCGCAAACCUACGCUCUCCUAAACUCACUGUCCGUCUCCGACAAUACCCCAAUACAUUUCGGCCCAAUGAGCGCGACAAAUCCAUCGAUCCUUGUUCAACAUGCUGGAUACUACUACUUCAUGGCCGCCGCCUGCGCAGAGGAGCGGUGGAAUGCAUUUGGGAAGUCGGAGGCGGCCACCCUGACUGCGCCGCCUCCACCUCCUUCGGCUGCUACUGCGCCGGUCCGCAGAAUGUCACAGACUCGUACAGGCUCGUUUUCUGACUCGUUGACUUCACCGUUCUCUCCAUCGCUUCAACCUCCCCCAAGCAACUUUUCAGACUCUUCGAAUAGUCAACACGGCGUGGAUCUUGCAACCCUUGUUAUUGAAUUGCUCACAAAGUCGUAUGAGCAGUUCAAGAAGCACCGAGCAGGUCGAAUGACACUGUUCCUUGCUUCCGAGAUCGCUCGGGUGUAUGAAAUGAGCGGAAAGUACGACAUGGCUCUAAAGUUCUUUGAGCGGAUCGGCAAGACAUACAGGAAGGACCAGUGGCCUAGCAUUCUGAAGGACGUAUUGAGGCGCACAGCACAGUGCGCCCGGACGCUGGGACGUUGGGAAAUCGUUGCCGAGUGUCUUAUCGAGCUUCUGAGCGACCGGAUCUCUACACCGGGACCAGCCGGGGCAUCGGAGCGAGAAGCGGUCCUUCAAGAGCUGUUCUCGGUCUUGCAGCAGGGAGAAACGCUUGGGAAGAGCAACAGGGUUGCAGUUGAUAUGGAUCAGAUUGAGUCGUUCCUUCGCUGCACUGUCCAGUUCCGGAAACACAGCACGUACGUGGGUGCACCGGCAGCGUUCCAGGUAUCCCUGAUUGCUGCGUCGUCGACAUCGCCACCGGUCCCCGUCCGCUUUGCGCGCAUUCGCGUCGCCUUCUCCGACCCACGCUUCGACCAUGUGAUCGUAGACUCCGGUGCCAGCGAACACCAGGCGACGGGAUCCGUACUUUGGCAAGACUGUACGGACUGCCAGCUGACCGGUCUAGACAAUGAGGAGGUGUGGACGAAGCAGGCGGCUCUGAAUUUCCAGCCUGGAACGACCAAGGUCCUGGAGGGUGUGAUUACGCCUGGCGAAGGGAUGGAUCUGAAGAUCACGUCUGUUAUCGUGACUUUGGAAUCCGGGGAUGGACAGCUGAAUCUCGACUAUAAGGUCGGCAGCCGGGCCGAGGAUACGGUGACACGAAGGAGAUGGUACACGGUGGACGCAAGCGUCGCCAAUGGAGGCCGAUGGAUUAUGCUAGACGGCUCGGGUGAGCAAUCCGUUCUGCGGGUAACCAGGCGGCAACCAAACAUUUCCGUGCAACUAAAGCACGCACCACCGGGUUUCAUUGACGAGAUAUACCCCGUCAUCGUGGAAAUCGUCAACGACGAAUCGGAGGACAUUGAGGCCUACUUCGAUGUAGAGUUCCGGAGCUCAGGCGCCGAUGGGACGGAUCCUACCAGCAACAUCGCGCAGGAUGUUCGUGACGAAAGCGAGCAAGGCGAAGCGCACCCGCUGGACGGACCAAAUGCUCUCAACCUCAUCUAUCUGGGCAUCAUCCCGGCGUCCUCCCGCGUCUCACGGCACUUCAAGCUCCGUUGUUCCCACCAACCCGGCGAACGCGUCAUGUACAAUAUCGUCAAUUACCGCUCCCUCCCGUCGUUCAAGUCGCCGACAACGGCGGCGUUACCGGAGAAGCCCACACCAGCCUCCCACCCUGCGCUGUUCUUCCGGAAGAGCGAGCCGGUCAGGUUACCGUUCAUUGCGCCGUUUACUGCGAAGUUUAGCCAGCAGCAAGAGUAUGGCGCGCCGUUUGAGUCGGGUGAAGGCGGGUUGUUCUCGUUGACGCCUAUGGAUCAGGACGUGGCGUCUGUGCAAAGGCAUAUUGUUAUGGCUAGUAUAUCAAGUGCUGGACCGUGGGAACUGGAAGUUGGGGAGUUGCGCUUUCCGUCGGUUGAUGAGGAAGUGAGUGUGAUCUUCGCCAUUGCACAAUUGGAGUCGUGCGCUGAUGGUUCUUAUUUGUGGAAGCCUGGACAUACGAGCGUCGUCUCGUACAGAGUAGUGAUGACCAUCGACCCCGUCCCGCCGGUCCAGCCAAUACCUGGGGGCGAGUUCCUGAUUCAAUGGCGACGAAAAUCGUCGGCGGAUGGGGAUAAGCCAUGGGUAACGACAUCUGUCAGCGCGCCAGAGCUCCGGAUAGACCAAGAUCCAAUACGUAUAUGCAUCGAUGUACCCCCGCUCAUCCUGCACACCACGCCAUUCACCGUGUCCUACGUAAUCUACAACACCUCAAUAAGCAUCAGCCACGUCCUCCUCACCAUGGACGUCGUCGAGGGCUUCGUCGUGAGCGGAUACAAGCAGACGCAAAUCCGGCUUCUACCGCUGAGUUCUAUGGUCGUCACGUACAAUUGCGUGGCACUAGUUUGCGGGAAGGUGUGUCUACCGAGAUUGAAGGCCACGAUCUUGGAUGAGAGGCAGGAUGAUGCUGCGUCGAAAGCGGGCGCACCGCCGACGGGACAGUUCGUGAAUAAUCUGAGUGUGAGGGGUGGGGCGAAUAGCGGGUCGUUGGCGGCGAAUGAUGAUUUGUUCGUGUUUGUUCGGCCUAGUCAUAGUGUAUUGGUGGGGGGGGCUCUUGGGACGCAUUUGUAA